UUUCAUUGAUGUGAACACAUAUACAUCGCCGUUGGUAUUUGCCAUAUAUAUAUAGUAGAGAAGUGUUACAUACAUUAACUCCAAAAACAAAAUUUGCUUUGGCAUAAAGAGAGUACAAGAGGAGGAAUAAGAAGAAUUAUAACAAACUACCUAUUAGGAGAAACACAAAGAUGGAAUGGAGGAAAUGCUAUUUGGAUGUAAUAUUGGUUCCUUUGGCAAUGCUAAUUAGCAUUGGUUACCAUGUUUGGCUUUGGCAUAAGGUUAGAACUCAACCACACACAACCAUUGUUGGCAUCAAUGCUAGUGGUCGUAGAAAUUGGGUUAAUGCUAUGAUGAAGGACAAUGAAAAGAAAAACAUCCUAGCUGUGCAAUCACUAAGGAACACAAUAAUGGGGGCAACCUUAAUGGCCACAACCUCAAUUUUACUAUGUUCAGGUCUAGCAGCAGUUAUAAGCAGCACAUAUAGUGUGAAAAAGCCACUAAAUGAUGCAAUUUAUGGAGCACAUGGUGAAUUCAUGGUUGCACUAAAAUAUGUCUCACUCCUCACAAUUUUCCUCUUCUCAUUCUUUUGCCAUUCACUUUCCAUAAGGUUCAUUAAUCAAGUGAACAUUUUAAUAAAUACACCACAAGACCCUAUGUCACUUGUCACACCAGAAUAUAUAUUUGAAAUUUUGGAGAAAGGUUUCAUUUUAAAUGCUGUUGGAAAUAGGCUUUUCUAUGCUGGACUUCCUUUGUUGCUAUGGAUUUUUGGUCCUGUUAUGGUUUUCCUUUGCUCUCUUGCUAUGGUUCCUGUGCUUUACAAUCUUGAUUUUGUGUACACUACUGGAAAGGGAAAGAUGAAUGUGGAUCAAAAGGAGGAUUAUGUUUAAAUAAUUGUAAUGUGUUUAAUUAAAUAUAUAUGUAAGAUUUGAGAUUUUCUAUAUUGUAGUGACACUAUAUAUAUACAAAACAAUUGUGGUGACCCUUUAAAGUUUUAAUAUUGUGACUGCAAUUGUUGGUAAAAAUUCUA